UUUAGGAAAGCCAACGCGGUAUCUGGAAUGGCUGUUGCUGAUGAUUGUAAAUUAAAGUUUCUUGAACUAAAGGCAAAGAGGAACUACCGUUUCAUUGUGUUUAAGAUUGACAACCAAGAAGUGGUAGUGGAGAAACUUGGAAGCCCAGAAGAAACCUAUGAGGACUUUACUGCAUCUCUGCCUCCUAAUGAGUGCCGUUAUGCUGUCUUUGAUUUUGAUUUCAUCACUAAUGAGAACAUACAGAAGAGCAAGAUUUUCUUCAUUGCAUGGUCUCCAGAUACAUCAAGAGUCAGACAAAAGAUGGUGUAUGCCAGUUCCAAGGACAGAUUCAAGAGGGAACUUGAUGGCAUUCAAGUUGAGUUGCAAGCAACAGAUCCUAGUGAGAUGAGCUUUGACAUCAUAAAAUCACGAGCAAUGUGAUAUCGUCAUCUUAUUAUUUAUAUUUCAUUCUUUUUCCUUACAGCUAGCUUUUGCAGCACUACUGAUUUUCUUUAUUUAUUUUGUGGUUUUUUUUGUUCUUUUCGUCGGAUGGCCUAUAUUCUAAACCCGUAGUUUAUUAUGAUACCA